AAUGAAACUAAGAGAAGCCAACCACUCCCAUCUUGCGCCACGUGCAACAGUUCCACACACAAUUAAUUCUGUUCGAUUACAUCAGAAUUUUCCAAAUGAUUUUGGUUUUUGGACUUAGUAGAUUUAGCUUCAUUCUUAGAAGGAAUCUUGUUCACUAAUCACUAUCCAUAGCAUGCUCGUUUCAGUUUCACAUAUGAUGUGACGACGUCUCACUCAUCAAAUUUGCAUGGCCUAUAAAAAUCUCUCUGGAUUGUCAAAAUUUAAACGUUGCCGUCUUGUGUUGUGCCUCUCUUGAAGGUUAACUAUCAACAUGUCUUAUGCAUCUAAAGAUAUGGUGAUUUCAUUGGCAAUACUAUUGCUUAUGUUAGGCACACCAUGCUCAAGUGCUUUUUGGAAGACUCGGAAUAAGAUUAAGACAGCUGUUUAUCUUUCUCCCAAGAUUGAACUUGGGCCAGGGUCAGUUUCGAAUAAAUUUUACUAUGAUAUUGAGUUUCCAAGAGGUCAUGUUGCGAUUAAGAGUUUCAAUGCUGAAGUAGUUGAUGAAGCUGGAAACCCUGUACCUCUCCAUAAAACUUAUCUCCACCAUUGGAUUAUUGUUGGAUACCAUGAAUCCAAAUCAAAACUUGCGACACACACAAAACAUGAUCUUCAUCGUGUGGUUCGUGUGUCAGACUCAGUCUCAAAGUCACAUAUUAUACUAAGAAAUAGUGGCGUAUGUCAGGGAAAUAUUCUUGGACAGUAUUUUGGACUUGGAUCCGAAACACGAGGAACGGCUACGGAUAUUCCAGAUCCUUUUGGGAUAGAAAUAGGAAAUCCUGCAGAAAUUCCAGAAGGAUAUGAGGAGAAAUGGUUGCUCAAUGUCCACGCCAUCGAUACACGAGGUGUAGAGGAUAAGCUAGGCUGCACUGAGUGUAAGUGUCACCUUUAUAAUGUUACAGUCAAUGAAUAUGGCAACCCUUUGCCUCCAGAUUACACAGGGGGUUUGUACUGUUGCUAUGAUGAGACUCAGUGCAGGUUGAAGAAAGGCUUUCAAGGUCCAAAGAGAAGCCUCUAUCUGAGAUACACUGUGAAAUGGAUUGAUUGGGACGAAUAUGUUGUUCCUGUUAAGAUUUAUAUAAUUGAUGUGACUGAUACUUUGAAAAUAUCAGAUACUUCAAAUAUAGCAAGCUCAAAUCAUGAUUGCCGGAUUGAGUAUGAAGUUGAUCCUUGCAACAUAGACCCCAAGAAAGGUAAUGGUUGUCUUGAUGUGAAGAGGACAACCGUUCCAUUGGAAAAGGGUGGUUAUGUGGUCUAUGCUGUAGCUCAUCAGCAUUCAGGUGGAAUCGGAUCAACUCUAUAUGGACAGGAUGGAAGGGUUAUAUGUACCUCCAUGGCAAAUUAUGGAACUGGGGAUAAUGCAGGAAAUGAAUCAGGUUACAUUGUAGGAAUGACCACUUGUUAUCCUAAACCAGGUUCUGUAAAGAUCAUUGAUGGCGAAAAAUUAACUCUGGAGUCUAACUACAGCAGCACCACGCGAGGUCACACCGGAGUCAUGGGGCUUUUCUACCUACUGGUUGCAGAACAGCUUCCUCAUCAACAUUAGUUCACUCAUUCCUCUCCUUUCUUCAGGAAUAUAAACAAUGUAUUUAACUCAUUUUGGUAAUAAUGUUAAUAGGAGUGGUGUGUCAUGUAAUAAUAUAAUAUAAAUAUGUGGAAAGUAAAAUAAGUUAUAGGAUAUGAUACUUAUAAAUUAAAUUAAA